CCUCAUUGUGCGUAGCCGAGGCAGAAAGUACCGAGAAGGGGAAUGUCGGCUUGUGAAUGAUCGGUUCUUGCGGCGGCAGGGAGCGUCAACGUUAUGGCUCAGCAAAAGAAUCUGGAAGGAUAUGUUGGCUUUGCAAGCCUCCCCAACCAAGUGUACAGGAAGUCUGUCAAGAGGGGCUUUGAAUUCACCCUGAUGGUCGUGGGUGAGUCCGGACUGGGCAAAUCCACUUUGAUCAACUCUUUGUUCCUAACAGACCUGUAUUCAGCAGAGUAUCCUGGACCUUCGCAUCGAAUCAAAAAGACUGUGCAGGUUGAACAGUCCAAAGUUUUAGUAAAGGAAGGAGGCGUCCAGCUGCUGCUCACAAUAGUUGACACCCCCGGGUUUGGCGAUGCCGUGGAUAACAGCAACUGCUGGCAGCCGAUCAUCGACCACAUAGACAGCAAGUUCGAGGACUACCUGAACUCAGAAUCGCGGGUGAACAGAAGACAGAUGCCCGACAGCCGAAUUCACUGCUGCCUGUACUUCAUCGCCCCCUCAGGACAUGGGCUGAAGCCUCUGGACAUUGAGUUCAUGAAACGGUUGCAUGAGAAAGUCAAUGUCAUCCCACUGAUCGCCAAAGCAGACACUCUCACCCCAGAGGAAUGCCAACAGUUCAAGAAGCAGAUCAUGCGGGAAAUCCAAGAGCACAAAAUCAAGAUUUACGAGUUUCCCGAGACAGACGAUGAAGAAGAGAACAGGCUGGUGAAGAAGAUUAAGGACAAGUUGCCGCUGGCUGUCGUAGGAAGCAACACCAUCAUCGAGGUAAACGGCAAGAGGGUGAGAGGGAGGCAGUACCCCUGGGGGGUCGCAGAAGUUGAAAACAGCGACCACUGCGACUUCACCAUCCUGCGGGACAUGCUCAUCAGAACUCACAUGCAGGAUCUGAAGGAUGUAACAAACAACGUCCAUUAUGAAAACUACCGCAGCAGGAAGCUGGCUGCGGUCACUUACAACGGGGUGGACAACAACCGCGCUAAAGGACAACUCUCCACCAAACUUGACACGGUUGAAGGAAUGAGUCCUCUGGCCCAGAUGGAGGAGGAGAGGCGAGAGCACGUUGCCAAGAUGAAGAAGAUGGAGAUGGAGAUGGAGCAGGUGUUCGAGAUGAAAGUCAAGGAGAAAGUACAGAAGCUCAAAGACUCUGAAGCAGAGCUUCAGCGGCGUCACGAGCAGAUGAAGAAGAACCUGGAGGCUCAGCACAAGGAGCUGGAGGAGAAGAGGCGCGUGUUCGAGGAGGAGCGAGCAAACUGGGAGACCCAGCAGCGCCUGGAGCAGCAGAAGCUGGAGGCCUCCAGGACCCUGGAGAAAAACAAAAAGAAGGGCAAGAUCUUUUAAGGACAGUCGGCAGGACCUCCCCAACUCGAGUUACUUUUGUUUGCCAACGUUGCCGGUCAGGACAGCCGUGUGUGGCACUGACGUCCCCCCGCCUCCUAUUCUUCCUCUUCUCUCUCUCCUCCUCCUCCUCCUCCUCUUCUUAUUUCUCCCCCUGCUGCUCUGCCUGCCAGCACAGCUGUGCUGCUGCUCCCCGCCACUAGAGGGCGCACCGGGAGCGUCUGUUUGGUCUGUGGGGGGGCAAAGCGGGUGCAGAACCACCAGCCUCGAGCCUCCUCGCUGCCUCAGGACUCAUCAUCAUCAAGAAUGUGUUUACCUUAAUAACAGGAAAGAUAACCCCAUUUUAGUAAGGCCAAACCCAUAUUAUUAUUAUUUUAAUUAUUAUUGAUGUUAUUAUUAUUAUUGUUGUUGGUAUAACUGAGCUUUCCCAGACCCUACCUAUUGAUUUUUUUUUUCCUUCUUUCCCAAGGUUGCGUAGAAAUGGCCGGUGUGUACAGAUGUAUACAGAGCAAAGACAAAAAAAAAAGAAAAAGAAAUGUCAAUGAGUCACGUCUGACUGUUGUACAAUCAAGUUCUGGUGAUUAUUCAGUUGUUUACAGGAGAAAUGAAAGUUCGUGAAGCAUUUAACCCGACCUUCCGUCACAUUAAAUCAAGAGGACAAGGCAUUAACUAAUCCUUUGUGUUUUGUUUUGAGUGGUGAACCUGUAACCCAUCAGAGCAAAAGGACCUGAGAUCAAGACGAAAACCAUCAACAUGCACCUUGGGCCUUUUUAUAGAUUUUUUUUUAAAAAAUGGCUGAAGCUUUUUUUUUUUCUUUCUCUCUCUGAAAUGUAACGCUUUCUUUUUUCUUUCUCUGUGUUUUUAGCUACUCCCACUAGCCUUGGGCCACCAUUUAUAAUGUCAUAAGUGUUAUAUUUCACUUUAGUUUAUUUUUAUAUAUACCGAGCCAGCUGAAGUAAUAACUUCUUUUGUAUGUUUAGAGAAUCCUCAGAGACUUGACGGCAGCGUCCACUGUCACAGGAAAACACUUAGAAACGCCUGACAGUGAUCCUGGACGCAUUCAAAAAGAAAAUUGAAAAAAAAAAAAAAUACAAUAAAACAACUCUGCGGAAACCAUCAGUGGGAAAUGAAGAGUCAACACCACAUUUUGCUUUGGCUAUGUACUCCAUCUCUGUAUUUUUAAUUUUAUUUUUCAUUUGUAAUGUACAAAGUCACUUAAUAAACCUGUGAUGAUA